AUGUUAUUUCUCAGCAAAAUCAAAGGCCACUAUAACACACACACACACACACACACCGUGAAUCAGGGAAGAGAGGGACUUGUGCCGCGAGGAAGAAGAAGGGAGGAGGAAGCCGCGCUAUCGUUCCGCCCCGGCUCGACAACCAGUCAUGGCACCGCCACCACGUCCAGCUGCCGUCGUGCCGCCACCUCUAGACGCCGUUGCCGCCACCGUUUGCAAAUAGGGAAGAGAGAGCUCGUGGGUGAGAGAGGGAGUGUCGCGCCAGGCACUGCCUCUGCGCCGCCGUCGUUGACGAGCUCAGCCGCCUCGCCAUUGUUGUCAGCGGGGGUUUUGUCACUGGUGAGGAAAAGACGCCGUCGCGUUGGUUGUUGUUAUCAAGAGAGAAGCUGUCAGGUCGCACAGAGAGAAAGAGAGAGAGAAAGAGAGAUCACGAGGAGCAGAGGAGUGAAGGGAGACCCGCGCCCAGCCACCGCCACUUUUGCCGCCAAGGUACGCUGCCGCCAUCGUCGGAAACACUGCCGUCGUCGUCACUGGAGCUGCGGCUGCUUCACUCUUGAUUUCAUUUGUGCAGUUGCGAGGGAAAAGGGGGUUGUGACGUGUUUGAGAUUUUUUAGUUUCGACAAUCAAGGUAAUUUCUGGCUGAAAUUGAGGGACUUGAGCAAAACUCUGAAAGAAGGCUGACAAAAGGACUGCUGAUGCUGUUGGAAUCUGACCUCCCUGCACUCGAAAUGAAUUUUCUGGAGCUACAGAAAUUCAAAUGGCGCGCUCUCAACGACGUUGGAAAGUAGACAUCCAGAGCUUUCCAGCAAUAUAUAAUAAUCCAUACUUUAUUCGGGAAUUGACGACGUAAAGUGGCGCUCAACGCCAAGUACAUGCUGCUGUCUGGAGUUAAACGCCAGAAAUACGUCAUAACCCGGAGUUGAAUGCCAGAAACAUGCUAUAACUCGGCGUUCAACUCCAAGAAAAGCCUCAGCUCGUGGAUAGAUCAAGCUCAGCCCAAGCAUACACCAAGUGGGCCCCGGAAGUGGAUUUAUGCAACAAUUACUUACUCAUGUAAACCCUAGUAGCUAGUCUAGUAUAUAUAGGACAUUUAACUAUUGUAUUAGAUAUCUUUUGAUCACUUUAAAUCUAAGGAACAUUUGGGGGCGCAUAGUCCUUAGACCAUGGGGGCUGGCCAUUCGGCCAUGCCUGAACCUUUCACUUAUAUAUUUUCAACAGUGGAGUUUCUGCACACCAUAGAUUAAGGGUGUGGAGCUCUGCUGUACCUCAAGUUUCAAUACAAUUACUAUUACUUUA